AUCUGACUUAGACAAUGUAGCACAAAGCAAAAGGAACGCGCUUAAGAGUGCAUGUAAAGAAACAGUAAGCGAAAGCAACAAGCAAUAAGUAUUUAAAGCAACAACACCAAACGCGUCGUGACAUUUCGUCCAUUUUUGUUAAAACAGCGACAACAUUAAGCAAAAACAACAGCACACUGACGACCAGAAGACAGCGCUACCAACAUGACCCGCUUCAGAAUAAAAAACCUAAAAAUACUCUCCUGCUGUCUCAGCGUCUGGGUUAUGUUUUUCGCAGCCGCUCUUCACCUGGCGCGCUGCAGCGAAUUUCCGGAGCGUGAAUGUUGUGACCUGACCACCACAUCUACUGUGGGACCACUGCCCAUGCCACCGGCGGCAUUACCCACGGAUAAAUCGCUGUCAUCGGCCACCACGGUCGUGGAGACAGACAUAACGAUCGGCAGAUCGGGUUCAACCAUCAAAGGAGUGGUCGCCAUCUUAAAUUGCAUCCUUGCCCGUCAAUUAUGUUUUGAGGAUGCUUCGUGCUCGGCAAUACUGGAAAUUAUACCACGCGUAUGUGGCCCCAUACCAGUAUCCUGCAGUACAGUGACUGUCACAAAAUGUCAAGCGGCACUGCGAACACUUCAAGCGUUUCAAUUCUUUCGGCCAACAUGUCUCUGCAAAGAGCCUGGAAUGGAUCCCGAUUGCAAUCAUUUCCGGGACUUUCUGUUCGAUCAUCCCUGCGGAUUCGUUCUCAAGAAAGCUGAAAAGGAUCCAUACCCUAUAGAUGCUCUGCCGACGUGCAAUCACGCGCUCUCCGUCUGCCAGCAGGAACGCAAAUGCUUAAAGCUCUUCGAAGAUUUUAAAACACACUGUAAAGUGCGUGACAAUAAAUGCAAAAUGGAGAACAGGGAUGCCUGCCACGAUUCCUGGACAAACCUACGGCUGUCGCCCAUGUUCGGCUGCAUCUGUCCAAAUAAUCAUAUGAAAAAGCGCUGUGAUCGUAUAUUUAAUAUUGUUAAUCACAAUCCGUGUGUGGAUAGACUAAUAUUUUUCCCCAACGGCUUGCCAAAGCUAAAACAAAAGACCAAGCCCAAGUCCAAGCAAAAAUCGCGGCUACGCGGCAUCAACUCCACCGAUGUGCUUUCGAAUAACAUAGAGUACCACGAAGGAGCUGGCGGUGGACACGCGAAGAACGAAGGAUAUGCCCCGGCGGGCAAUGACGAAGAGGAGGACGAGGAGGAGGAAGACGAUGACUACGACGAUCGCAUACGCGCUGAGAUCUAUUCAAAUUAUCCGCAUUACUUGCAUCCACCGUCGUGGGGCAUAAACAAUCCAUUGGUACUCGCCUCGCACAGCCCACACACCUCCGACGAUGACGACGUGGUCGUUGAGGUAGCUACGCACCGCGGACACAAGAAGCACCCAGCACAGCGCAUCGAUGAUUUGGAGCGCGGCGAGGUGGACGAUGUGGUAGUGGUGGUCGAUGCGGGUUCCCACACGCACCCCCAUACCUACUAUACGCACGAACAGGCCUCCACCGCCAGCCCACCAGCGGGGUCAACCCUCCCCAGUUCUUUUAACACCGGCACCAAAACGCACAAAACUGCACACUUUGGUGAUUUAGUCACCGGCAGCGACAUAAGUCUAACCCACCGCACCUAUCCGGGCAGCAGCAUCGACGAGCGAGUAAGAAUAAUGGGCAUGGACGAGAAAUUGCAUCAGAAAAUCUUCGAAGAUAAUUUGGCGCUAAUUGAUACUCCGUUGAUAGCGACCACUUUGACGGGAACAUAUUAUCCCGCCUCAGUGUCGAACUCACUGCACGGGGUGCUCAGCUAUCCGUUCAAUAUAAGUGGGUUCCAUCAGCGCCACAUGGCCGCUGCUGCAGCCGCAGCGGCCGGAAAUGAGUCGCCGUUCGAUAUCGUUGAUACGGCCUACGGUUAUGGCAACAACGCCAACACCAACGGAAACGGAAAUGCCGGUGUUUACUACCAAAGUGGCCAGGAUGUCGAAGUUGACCUCUCAACGGAAAUAAUCAAGCAACACUUUCAGAGUACCUGCCACACAGCAUUGGACACCUGCCGGGAAGAUCCGUCCUGUUCAUCGUCCCUGCAGCCGAUGCUAAUGCACUGCGAACUGCAUCGCUGCAAUCGCAACGCGUGCAUGACAUCGUUGCAAGCCUUUUACAAAGGACCACACGAGGAUUUGAAUCUGGACAUAGCCUUUUGUCUAUGCAAAAAAACAACCAAUAGGGAGAACAAUGGCAAUCGUCACGACAUGUGCAUGAUUGCACAGGAAAAACUGCAUCCCGUCUGUGCGCAACGGCCGCCCGAUAACAAUAAUCCAGCGAGCUCGAACGGCAUUUACUACCAUCCGCCACCGGCCUGUCAUGUGGUGGCCGAAAGCUGUAAAGAGGACCGCGAGUGCAGAUUAAAACUGGAGUACUACGAGCAGGCCUGUGCAGUCGACAGUGUGACCAAAAAAUGCGCCGGUCGUCCAAGUGGCUGUCGCACAGCCAUGAUUGGCAUUCUUGGCACCAUGCUACGCACCACAUGCGCCUGUCAGGGCUCCGAUGCCCAGCAUCUCUACCAGUGUGUGGGGUGGCGACGAUUGCUCUGGAUGAACCCUUGCGUUGUUGAGGCUCAAAAGGAUUUCCAUAUGAAACGGCUGGCAGAGUUGGGUUUUCUCACGACAACAACGACAACAACUACAACCACAACCACUACGACUACUACCACACGUGCUCCACCUCCACUACCACCGCCCCCGCCCACAACGACGACGUCCACGACAAGUGCGCAGCCCAAGCAAACGCCGAGGAAGACGGCAACGCAUAUUUUUAAGGACUACAAUGCGCCAAAGGAGAAAUCAGAGCAGGCAUCGGUGGAACACAAUUAUCUCGAUCCGCCCGAUUCGAUACCACUGCACAGCGGAAACGAUGAAAACGGAAAUGGCGGAAAUGACGAUUAUCACAACGGCAACGGCAAUGGUAAUGCCAAUGGUAGCACUAACAACAACAAUCUGGCUCGUCCGCAUGGCAGCAAAAACGGUAAAAGCGGUGGCAAGCUUGGCGGCCAUGCCAACGGCAAUGGCAACAGCAACAGCCGUGGUGUAGAUUUCGAUGAUCCAGUCAUUUUUGUUGACCAAAUGGAAACAACAGAAUUUGUGGGCAUCAGCAUCACAGAACCGACAACCACAACGACCACAACAAUGGCGACCACAACAACAACCCAGCCACCAAGGAGCUGUGUGGUCCAACGUCCGCAUCAGAGCGAUCAAUUGAUACGCGAGGGAAGCAGCAAAAGGAUCUACUCUUUGGACGACGCGGAGUGUAGCGAACUGUGCAGCUGCGGAGAGUCCCUCACCCUCACUUGUCAUGCACUUUGCGUGCCGUUCGCGCCCUGCCGCACGGCCCUGGCAUUUUACAGUCAUGCAUCGCCGGCUUAUCAGGCCUUUCGGGGGCGUUGUCUCUGCUACUCAGGCCGUUUCAUCUGCAUGAAGCCGCCACUCGGGGAGUACACGCUGCCAGGCGGCGUCUUCCUACUCCUGGGCUACAGCUCAGCCGAUGAGGCGCUGCUUCGGCCACACACGAAUCUCGGCGUUCAGGACGCAGUGCGCGCUUUGCAGCAGUACGUGAUGACAUUCAUCGAUAAUCAGACCCAAUGCACACUCACUUUGUUCAAUAUGACGGAGGAAAAUAUCAUCAUAGCUGCACGUUUGCCGCAGGACGCCAAGCUGAAGGCGAUCGAGCAGUUGCGCAAAGAAAAGGAUGAAUGCACAUCGAUAUUGAAAACAAUUAGUCACCACAUCAAUGCCGAGCAUAAUGAACUCCAAUCCCACCGUCUGUUGAGCAUUUUCAAAAUGUCCGAAGUCGAAGUUAUCUGGCCCGAGAGCACGAGUGGCGCAACUAGUCGCUUUCAGUCCAUGCAAAUCCUUAUGCUCGCCAUAUUCUGGCUGGCACUGACUCUGGCAAUGCGUCCAAACCAGAGGUCCAAGGAGCCAACAUGACAUUCCAGCUAGACGGUUCUGGGGAGCAAUAUUUGCUAGCUGAACGUAGGUAUUAUGUAAGUGUGGCGUAGCUGUGAGAAUCAUCGGUUCUUUAUACAUAUAUACAUACAAAUACUAAACUAUAUAUACGAUGUGAGUUCUUAGGCUUAGGAAUAGCAUAUUGUAGUCAAAUAUACUGUACUGUACUUGAGAAAGGUUUGUGUUUGUGCUGAAAAUUACGAAUGGACGCGUGUAAUCGAUCAGGCGUCAAAACUGCUGUCUAAAUAAUAAUUAUAUUAAUGAUAAUUAAACCAUAGGUCGCGCAAAGUUACUUACAGUAUGCAAAAAGUACAUAUAUCUAUAUAUAUACUUUUUAUAUAUUGAUAACCAAAACAGAGUAAAUUAUAAUUAUAUGACAUUAGUGAGACGUGUAAAUAAUCCACAAUUAAACGAUUAAAGUUGCAAAACAAAA